AUGCACUGUCCCUUUAAGGCAGCCAUGGCUCCUCUCGAGUCGAGGCCGACGUUUUUCAAUGCAAGAUUUUUCCUUGCAUAAAUUAUGUUCAUGACGUAGUGCUAAAGGCCACAUUUUUAGUAAUUUUGGUGGACUUUACAGCAGAAGUCGCUUUCAGGAGGCAUAUGGAGGAAUAUGUGGGUAAUCUGAAUUGCAGUACCAAAGGACCGUCAUUAAAUAUUGAGAAAGAAAGGAUCCUCACGUUGCCAACCCUCCUUAUCAAUGCAAAUAUAUCUUUUGUGUGCAGCCAUAGCGCCUGACUGGUGCUGUGAGAUGCAUUUUUAAUUAUGUGUGACUAAAACAAACUGUGGCAAAGCUUUUUAAAAGGGGAGAACCACAGAAAUAAGAUUUUUUUUUACGAAUGUCAAGACAAUGACUGCUUGGUGGUGAGAGCACUAAACCAUGGACCCUCAGGAUCUCCCUGCUACUGAUGCACCAAUCACUGUCAAUGAACAGCCAUUAGGUUCCUGCACUUUGAAAUACCCUGCCAAAGACAACCAGGUGAUAGUGAUGUCUGGUCAUGAGACGAUCCGAGUCCUGGAAGUGGAGGUAGAUCAAGCCUCUCUUCCAUCCUCAGUGCCUGAUGGGAGGACUGAUUCGGGGGGUGAAGAUGGGGGUAAUCAGGCCACGGAGCAACCUGAGGCAGGCAUGCAGGACAGCCCGAGACCACCCCACAACACUGGGGGAGUAGGUGAGCCUUUUGUAGGAUACCGAUAUGUGCUGGAGGACCAGGUGGUGUCUGUGGAGUCUGCAGACUCUGGUGUCCAGACUCUAGCACAGACUGCAGUUCCCAUCAGCAUCUCCCUGUCACAGUCACAGACCACCAUGCCCAUCACUGUGCAGAGCUUACAGGGCUUGCAGGGCUGUCAACAGGUUCUGACCCAGGAGGGUCUGGCCACUCUGAUGACGGGGAUGAUGGCCCAGACAGGVUCCCUGGCCCAGCCCCUGCUCAUCCCCAUCAGCAUGGCAGGGUCCAUGGGGGGCCAAGGACUGGCUGUCCUCACCUUCCCCACCAGCAACGUAGCCACACUCCCUGGCAUUUCAGGUGCCAGCCAGGCCGGAAGCCUCCUCAAACUACCCUUUGCUGGCUUGCAAGGCUUACAAGGAUUGCAAAGCUUACAAGGGCUGCAAACAGCCACUGUGCUAAACUCUGUCCAGCCCCAGCAGACAUUCUUCCAGCCUCAGACUGCAUCACUACAGCAAGUCCAGGCAGCUAUGCAGCAGGCUCAGCAGAACUCACAGGUGACUGCAGCCCAACUAGGCCAGGCCAUGCCAGCCGUCUCUCAGCCCAGCGUGUCUGUGGCAACACUCCAGUCUGCAGGCCUCUCCAUCAACCCUGCCAUUAUCAGUGCUGCGUCUUUAGGGGCUCAGCCUCAGUUCAUCAGCGCCCUUACUUCCACUCCCAUCUUCACCAGUGCCAUGUCCGGAAUCACCAGCCAGAUCAUCACCAACGCACAGGGACAGGUGAUUGGAACCAUCCCCCUGAUGCUGAACCCUGCAUCACUGACUGGAGGGGCUGCUACUCAGACUCUGAAUCUCCAGGGCCUCCAGGGUCUGCAAGGCCUGCAGGUGCAGACAGUCCAACCACAGCUGGUUCUGAACACCCAGGGCCAGAUCAUUGCCACCAUAGGGAAUGGACCUGCUACAGUCCCCACAUCUGCAGCUGUAAUGCCUAAGCCUACUGCUCCUGUGACAUUCUCCAAGCCCAGCACUCAGGCUCAGGUAACAACAGUUACGCAGUCACCUGUGGUCAUCGCCCCACAACCGUCUGCAAUGAAGACAGUCACUCCAAUCUCCUCCUUAGUCCCUAUAACCUGUGGAGACACACCCACUGUCAGCCAGCUCGUCAGCAAGCCACAGCAAGGGGGCACAGAUGAGGAGGGCAUUAAUCUGGAAGAGAUUCGAGAGUUUGCCAAGAACUUCAAGAUCCGCCGGCUAUCCCUGGGGCUGACGCAGACACAAGUGGGACAGGCGCUCACGGCUACAGAGGGUCCGGCCUACAGUCAGUCUGCCAUCUGCAGGUUUGAGAAGCUGGACAUUACACCUAAGAGUGCUCAGAAGCUGAAGCCUGUGCUGGAGCGAUGGCUUGCCGAAGCUGAGUUGUGGAACCAGAAGGGUCAGCAGAAUCUAAUGGAGUUUGUGGGUGGUGAGCCGUCCAAGAAACGCAAGCGUCGCACCAGCUUCACCCCGCAGGCUAUUGAAGUGCUCAACAUCUACUUUGAGAAGAAUGCCCUGCCCACGGGCCAGGAGAUUACGGAAAUCGCUAAGGAGCUCAACUAUGACCGUGAGGUUGUCCGCGUAUGGUUCUGCAACAGGCGGCAGACACUGAAGAACACCAGCAAGAUCAAUGCGUUUCAGGUUCAGCUGUAAGCCUGUGCAGUAAGUAGGCGUGGACUAGUGGRGAAGUUGGCAGAACAGGAUAAUCAGCUAAAGAAGAACGUUUUGUAAAGACAGUAAAACAGUAAACCCUAGUAAGUUUCAAAUUAUAUGGACUUUGGGAAGAAAAUGAAAGACUGAAUAACUCUUGAACUGAGUCUUACUGUAUGGGACAUAGAAUAAUCACUUAUCUCCAUAUUUUUUGUGUGUGUGGGAGAGAGAAAAAAAGACAUUGCAUGUGAAACGUGAUGGGGUUUAAUGUUCACAAAUCCUCUAUCAGUUUGACAACCUCCUGUUUCAUUUAUUGUUAUACCAUGUUAUUAUGUAAAACAAUGGAUGAAAUUUGAUAAGUGGUUUUAUACACUUACAAGAACGUUUUUGUGAAUUGUGUGGCAAAUGCCUCAACAAAUAUUUGGUUACAUUACAUUGUUACAGUUGUACAAUGUCAAAUUACUCCAUUCAGAUAUUAUGCUGGUGCCACCAAAAUAGUUUUGGAAUUUGUAUCUCUUUAUUAAGUUUGUGUGAUUCUGUGUGUGUAAUGUGUGAAUGUAGUCCUAAUACUUUAAGAAAGUAUUCUGAGUCGGAAAAAGUUUACCAUGGUAAAGGUUGUCAUUUAGACGAGUUAAUCUGUAAAAGCCACUUACAAAUCUAUUGUUUUAAAUAGUUAACAGAUGACUGUGCUGUGUGGUCUAUGAGCAGACAAUACAUAGUGAAAAGAGUUGAAAACAUUCCCUGUCUCAAAUAAGUCAGGCGUCAGUGCUGUUUAAUAAUGUGUACUGUGUAUUGAAAAUACUUACAUAACAUAAACAAAUCAUCAAAUUAAUCAAAUUGAUUGAAUAAGACAACUUGUCUAUGUGAAUUAAUUGAUUCAUAUAUUGUAGUUUUGAUUCAUAGAAAAUACGGUUUCUCCACUGAAAGGAAUGGUCAAUUAGGGACAAACAAAAUUGAAGGACUUAAGGCUUGCCAUCCCUUUUCUAUAACCUUGUAAUUCUUUGCACUUUAGUGACUUUAAAGUUAUCUGUAGCAAAUACCAACUGGUUACCCAUCAUAUUAAAGUGGUCGAUAAGUAAAUGUUUUGCAUGGCAUACAGAUUUCUGAAAUGUUUUAACGAUCAAACUUCUGUGCGCCACUAGCAUUARUUUUGUAAGGUGAUAUUUACUUUAGGCAGUGGUAUUUCAAAGAAAGAGAAUAAACUACAAUACUUUAUUCUGGCCCAACUGCAUAUAAUUUGUCUAUGUCUGUGAUAUGCCAUGCUGAGCAGUGUAACAAUUCAUUUGUUCCUCAUACUUGCCUUUUAUGAUUGACAAUAUGUUUUCAGAGAGAAAGGAAAUAACUUAUAUGAAUCCUGUGUUAUGUUAUACAUACACAACUGCCAUUUCAGAGGUAGCUAUAACCUACAACUUUUUUAAAUUUUCACCAGUGAAUUGUCUGUCUGAAUGAUUUUGAGAUGACAGAAUGCAAAUGCAAAUCGUAGGUGAACACAUUUUAAUAGUGUAGUUCUAAGAAUUAAACUAAUUCUACUAAUCAUUUUGUUCAUGUUGGGCAUAUGAAAAUGUGUGCAGUAUAAAACCAGCGAUACAUCUGAAUUACUGAAUACAGCUGAAUUACUGCACUGUUGGAGCUAGAAACACAAGCAUUUCACUGCACCUGUGAUAACAUCUGCAAAAUAUGUGUACGCGACCAAUUACAUUUCAUUUUUAUUUCAAUUGAAUCUGUGUGAGAUCAUUAAAGUGAUUAAACUGUUGGAUCAUUUUGGAUCAUGGCAUUCUCUGCCAAAUAUUAAUAAAUGCUUACUGAAAACCUC